UCUUUUCAAAAUUCCAGUACAAAAAAAAUUGCAAAAUGUAUAUUUAUAUAUUGGCCGCCAUAUUUUAUAUAUUAGCACUUAGGUGUUUAUUAAACUUCGCUGUACGACAUUUCGAUGACGAUGAACUCGAACCGGCCUCUUCUGUCAAAAUAGAAAUUAAUGUAGAACCAGAUAUGGGCGCUAACCAAAAUACAACAAAGAAGAAGCAAAAUGACUUUAGCAAAUCUAAGACUGUAGACAAAAUCGGUAAAAAUAAGAAACUAAAAGAUACGACUAAGACUAAGAAAGGUAAAAAUAAAAACGGAAAAAGUAUACAUAUAUUAACAAAGGAUAAAAAUUUGAGAAGUAAAAGCAGUAAGAAAGCAAAAGUUAUCCCCACAAUCAAAUCAAAAAAAACUAUCAAAAAUCUGUGCACUGUCCAAAGUCUGAACGAUAAUAUCAUAGUUAUGCCUGCCAGAGACAAAACUAGAUCUAAAAAUAAAGUCGUUGUAAUGGUUAAUGAACAAGCCAAGACAGUCAAUGAAAAUAGUUUAGUAAUACCUACUAGGGACGGAACUGGUUCUACCAAAAAAGUCGUUAUAUUAUUAAAUGAAGAGGCACAGAUGUUUAAUGGAAAUACUUUAAUUAAGCCUACUACAAAUGAAACCGGAUCUCCAAAAAAAGUCGUUAUAUUAUUAAAUGACAAGCCCCAGAAAAAUAAUGAAGAUAUCUUAGUUGCGCCUACCGGAGAUGAAACUGAAUCUAGCAAUAAAAUGGUUUUAUUAUUAAAUGACAAGAAAAACGAUGAAAAUAUGUUAACUGUGCCUGAAGAAGAUGAAACUACAUCGAGCAAUGACGACGGUUUAUUAAAUGACAAAUCACAGACGAUCAACGAUAUGAUAUUACCAGAAAGUAACGUAAGUCAAGUCUAAAAUACAUAUGAUGUAGAUGGCCCUCUUAACAAUUUCUAAGAAUAAAAGAGGAGACAAUUUUGUGAAUGAGAAGCAAUCAACAUAUACACCUACGGUUGCAUAUACUAGAUACGACAUGUAGAAAAUUCUAAAUUACGGCAUGCUAAGUAACAUUAGAGUUACUAAAGAUAGUUCUUAAGCUUAAAUUAAAGUAUUGUCAAAUGUUCGGGCUUACAUUAAUAGAAACACAUAAUACCAGAAAAUAUCAGACAUCAAGUCAAAGCUAAACAGUUGAGAAUAUUCAACUCAACCAAACAAUAAAACAUAAGAAGUAAAUUUACGGAAUACCAAAGUGAAAAUUCUAUGUUACAGAAUGCUAUGUAACAGUAGAACGCUAAGUUACCAAAGAUAGUUCUUGAGCUUCAAUUGAAGUGUUGUCAAAUGUUCCAGCUUACAUAUAACAUUAAUAGAAGCAUGUACUACCCGCAAAUAUCUAAUGGCAAGUCAAGUACUUAAGAGUUUACAGUUAAAGUUACAGAUACCCAAACCGGUGAGUUCUGUUUUUUUUUUUUGGUAAUAAUAAAUACGUAUAUUGAAGGGUCUAAAGUAUCAAUGAUAAUCAAGAAAGCAUGUAAUUAUAUAUUGAUCAAUACGAUAAAGUACUGUUGUCUACAUUGAUAUGAGAAAACAAGCAGAGUUCAUCAUAUUUAGUUACGACAUGUGUCAAGUUUUAAGCCAUAGGAAUUGCUAAGUAACAGCAGAAUUAAAUCAAAGUGCUGUCAAAUGUUCCGGCUUACAUAAACAGAAACAAGUACUCCCCGCUAACAUCUGAUAGCAAUCCAAGCGAUUGUCAGUAUUGAACUCAAACAAACCAAAUAGGAUAAGGAAUAAGUUUACAGAAAACCAAGCUG